AUGCUGAAGCAACAUUAUAUUUUGCAGCAACGAUACUAUAUUCAAACAUUUGCGAUUGUAGUUAUUGCACCUAUUGUAGUUUUAUUGAUAGUAUUAGGAUUAGAGACAUCGACGAGAAAUUUGAUAAGACAGGAUAUCAAUAAAUAUCGAGAUGUUCUAAAUAACGCCGCCAUGUUAUCCAAUGCAGAGCUUGUAGUAGAAGAUAUAAAUAAAAAGCUUGCAAUUUGGGAUUUACCAGGAUUAUACCAAUGCGAGCCUCCAGCCCGCGAAAAAACUAAAUGCAUUACCUUGUUGUAUGCGCCUAUUGAUCAACGAGCAACCAAAAUUAUGCAAAAUUUCGUAAAUAAAAACCAAAAACGCACAGGGAACAAAUUGGAUCUUAGUGACAGGCUAUUGAUGGAUUUAAAUCCUCCAAAGCAUAACCUUGGAAUUGUCCCAGUGUCCUCGAGUGAUUUUAUUUAUAGCUAUUCAUUACUAAAUCCAAAAGUAGUAGAUUUCGCAGUCUCUUUUGAAUUUCCCGAUGAUGGUAGAGUGGAAUACACACUUUGGUAUAACUUUACAACUGUACAAAAUAAAACAAUCUAUGGCGAAGAAACUCAAAUAAAUACGAAUUCAAGAAUGAUUGGCCUAAUGAAAUUUAGCGCACAUUCUAAUAAAAUUCUGGAUAUUGUAAUUGAUCACUACGGGAAUAAUCUUCUGUCAAUAAAAAGAGGAAUCGAAGAAGCAAUUUUAAUGUCCAAUGGAUUGCCAAAUGCACAAAUUGAUAUUAAGCUAAAAGAAUUUCCAGAUAUGCAAAUGAAUAUUGAUGAUAGCAACAAUACCAAUAACGAAAAUGGAGAAUUUAUUGACCCGGAUAUUUUUCAAUCGGUUGGGAUGUUUUUGGUGGUUCCGGUUCUAUUACUUUUUAUAGUGGCUGGUGUUAUGGAAACAAUACGUGAAAAGGAAUAUGGACAAAGAAAUUGGAUGGAAAUGAUGGGUUUGAGACCAAGUGUAUAUUGGUUAUCACACUUUAUUAGUGCUGGGUAUCUCGUUGUUUUCCAAUCUUUGAUAUUGAUCAGUCUUGUACUUGGUGCAGCCUUCGUACUUUCUUUGUUAGCAUUCAUUUACUUAUCUAUUGUCGUCGAGUUUUGGGCCAUUUGGUAUAUUUCUGAAAAAAAAAUUGCAAAAGGUGAUUUCUCGAAACCACAAGGUACAUCUGCCGGAUGGAUAAUCGGACUUUUCUUACCAUUUUUCCAAUUUGCGGAACUCUAUUCACAAAUUGUCUUGAAAUCAACAAAAACUCCAUCAUAUACUGAUAAUCCUGGUUUCUCUUGGAAUGAACUAAAAAGCCAAACUCUUUAUGAUAUAAAAGAAAUCGAGCCAUUCCUGCCACAACCAUACUACCCUUUGAUAAUUAUGUCUGCUCAAAUUAUUGUCUACACUAUGGCAGUUUGGAUUAUAGAUCAAGUUCCAAAAUUCUAUGCUAGGAAUUUUGGCCAAAGCUAUCAAGAAACGUCAAAUGAUACACAAUAUGUAAACUUGGAUGAAGAUUUAGCAAACGAAAGAUUUCGUGCACUUGAUUUCAAUCAGCCAUUUGCACUUCGAAUUGUUAAGAUUGUCAAGGAAUUCAGAGGAAAUUUAUUCUCAAAAUCCAGAGAAAAGAAACUUGCAGUUAAUGGUUUAUAUUUGACAGCUGAAGAUGGACAAAUGUUUGCUUUAUUGGGUCAAAAUGGGGCUGGAAAAACAACAACAAUCUCUAUUAUUGCUGGUCAUUUACAACCAACAUCCGGCAAUGCCUCAAUCUACAAUAAGGAUAUCAUCACAAGCAUGGAUUCGAUUCGAAGAUCAUUGGGUUUCUGCCCACAACAUGAUUUAUUAUAUACGGAUUUAACCUGCGAAGAGCAUAUAAACCUUUUCGCAGGAAUAAAAGGAAUCGAAUUGGACGUAGAGGAGUUAUUAGGAAAAGUAGAUUUGGUGAAAGCUAAAAAUUUCCCCUCGAGUAAAUUGAGUGGCGGGAUGAAGCGGCGGCUGAGUGUUAUUAUUGCGUCAAUUGGAGAUCCAAAGAUAUUAAUUUUGGAUGAACCAACGACGGGUAUGGAUCCAUUGAAUCGACGAAAAAUGUGGUCCUUUUUAUCUGAAUACAAAAAGAAUCGAAUAAUUCUUUUCACAACACAUUCGAUGGAAGAAGCAGAUUUGCUUGGCGAUCGUAUCGGAAUUAUGGCACAUGGAAAACUACGAGCAAUAGGAAGUUCAACACAUCUUAAGAAUAAGUAUGGGAUUGGAUAUCGCAUUCAAAUCCAAACCGACCCGGCAAAUAUAGAAUCCGUACAAGAAUGGGUCUCUCAACUUGUUCCGCAUGCUAAACUUCAAAAUUCCGAUGGUGGUGAAUUAAUAUACCAAAUUCCGCCAACCGCGAUGAAUGAUAUAGGGGAUUUCGUUAAUUUGCUCGAAGAGAAUCCUAAUGGAGUGAUUAAUGGCUGGGGAAUAAUGAAUACCACGUUAGAAGAUGCAUUUUUAAGAAUCUCGAAAGAAGAAGACGAUAGCAAUGACGAUAACUACUUUACUAUUUCUACUUAA